ACCAAACACAGCCCAGGAUGUUACUUUUAACUUUCCUAAACACUGCUGGGAAAACACACAGAGACAACAGGAAACAUCCAUCCUGACCCCUGCUACUCUUUCACCUUGGCACACAAACGCACACAUGCAUGCAGAAAAAUUCCAGCUAACAACAUCACUAAUUGACACAGUUUUAUGGUAAACCAACAAGGUCUUCUGGAGUCAAGAAGCUAGGGCAAGGAGGGGGAGUCAUAAUCAUGGCGAAACCUCUUCCCAAAUCCCCAUCCCUGUUACCACUUCCAGUAACCGACCUUCUUCCCAAAUCCCCAUCCCUGUAACCACUUCCAGUAGCAGACCCUCUUCCCAAAUCCCCGUCCCUGUAACCACUUCCAGUAACAGACCCUCUUCCCAAAUCCCCAUCCCUGUAACCACUUCCAGUAACAGACCCUCUUCCCAAAUCCCCAUCCCUGUAACCACUUCCAGUAACAGACCCUCUUCCCAAAUCCCCAUCCCUGUAACCACUUCCAGUAACAGACCCUCUUCCCAAAUCCCCAUCCCUGUCACCACUUCCAGUAAUCGACGUUCUUCCGAAAUCCCCAUCCCUGUAACCACUUCCAGUAACCGACCUUCUUCCGAAAUCCCCAUCCCUGUAACCACUUCCAGUAACCAACGUUCUUCCGAAAUCCCCAUCCCUGUAACCACUUCCAGUAACAGACCCUCUUCCCAAAUCCCCAUCCCUGUAACCACUUCCAGUAACAGACCCUCUUCCCAAAUCCCCAUCCCUGUAACCACUUCCAGUAACCGAACUUCUUCCGAAAUCCCCAUCCCUGUAACCACUUCCAGUAACAGACCCUCUUCCCAAAUCCCCAUCCCUGUAACCACUUCCAGUAACAGACCCUCUUCCCAAAUCCCCAUCCCUGUAACCACUUCCAGUAACCGACCUUCUUACGAAAUCCCCAUCCCUGUAACUACUUCCAGUAACCGACGUUCUUCCGAAAUCCUCCUCCCUGUAACCACUUCCAGUAACAGACCCUCUUCCCAAAUCCCCAUCCCUGUAACCACUUCCAGUAACAGACCCUCUUCCCAAAUCCCCAUCCCUGUAACCACUUCCAGUAACAGACCCUCUUCCCAAAUCCCCAUCCCUGUAACCAUUUGUAGUAACAGACCCUCUUCCCAAAUCCCCAUCCCUGUAACCAUUUCCAGUAACACACCCUCUUCCCAAAUCCCCAUCCCUGUAACCAUUUCCAGUAACAGACCCUCUUCCCAAAUCCCCAUCCCUGUAACCAUUUCCAGUAACAGACCCUCUUCCCAAAUCCCCAUCCCUGUAAACACUUCCCUAUAUUUAAUUUUUGAGUGCUGGUUAUGUUUUUCAUAUGUCAGUCCUCUGUUGGCUAUGUAUGCUUUUCCACAACCCAUUUAUAAAAAGGAAGUGAGGGAAUGACAGAGGACACUGUUCUGUAUUUGUCUUUACCGUGUCGGGGACUUUACCGUGCCUCGUGGCUGUCCAUCCAUCCUGUCGUCCUCCUCCAUGUCCCACUCAGCCUGGAGGUCCAGUCUCACUUCCUCCAUGUCCCACUUUGCCUGGAGGUCCAGUCUCACUUCCUCCAUGUCCCACUUUGCCUGGAGGUCCAGUCUCACUUCCUCCAUGUCCCACUUUGCCUGGAGGUCCAGUCUCACUUCCUCCAUGUCCCACUUUGCCUGUCUCACUUCCUCUAUGUCUCACUCUGCCUGGAGGUCCAGUCUCACUUCCUCCAUGUCCCACUUUGCCUGGAGGUCCAGUCUCACUUCCUCCAUGUCCCACUUUGCCUGGAGGUCCAGUCUCACCUCCUCCCCCAGGGAGUGCAUCUUGAUGGCUGUGAAGAUGCCUUCCGACGCUACCGGGUCCACCACCGAGAUAACCAACGGGACCACUACUGAGACCUUUACCGGGAUAACCACCAGGACCACUACUGAGACCACUACUGAGAUCUUUACCGGGAUAACCACCAGGACCACUACUGAGACCACUACUGAGACCUUUACCGGGAUAACCACCAGGACCACUACUGAGACCUCUACCGGGAUAACCACCAGGACCACUACUGAGACCACUACUGAGACCUUUACCGGGAUAACCACCAGGACCACUACUGAGACCUUUACCGGGAUAACCACCAGGACCACUACUGAGACCACUACUGAGACCUUUACCGGGAUAACCACCAGGACCACUACUGAGACCUCUACCGGGAUAACCACCAGGACCACUACUGAGACCUUUACCGGGAUAACCACCAGGACCACUACUGAGACCACUACUGAGACCUUUACCGGGAUAACCACCAGGACCACUACUGAGACCUCUACCGGGAUAACCACCAGGACCACUACUGAGACCUUUACCGGGCGAACCAACGGGACCACUACUGAGACCUUUACCGGGAUAACCACCAGGACCACUACUGAGACCUCUACCGGAUAACCACCUGGACCACUACUGAGACCACUACUGAGACCUCUACCGGGAUAACCACCAGGACUACUACUGAGACCUUUACCGGGAUAACCAACGGGACCACUACUGAGACCUUUACCGGGAUAACCAACGGGACCACUACUGAGACCUCUACCGGAUAACCACCAGGACCACUACUGAGACCACUACUGAGACCUCUACCGGGAUAACCACCAGGACCACUACUGAGACCACUACUGAGACCUCUACCGGGAUAACCACCAGGACCACUACUGAGACCUCUACCGGGAUAACCACCAGGACCACUACUGAGACCACUACCGAGAUAACCACCAGGACCAUUACUGAGACCACUACCGAGAUAACCAACGGGACCUCUACCGGGAUAACCACCAGGACCACUACUGAGACCACUACCGAGAUGACCAUUACUGAGACCACUACAGAGAUAACCAACGGGACCACUACCGGGAUAACCACCAGGACCACUACUGAGACCACUACCGAGAUAACCAACGGGACCACUACUGAGACCACUACCGGGAUAACCACCGGGACCACUACUGAGACCACUACCGGUAUAACCACCAGGACCACUACUGAGACCACUACCGAGAUAACCACCAGGACCACUACUGAGACCACUACUGAGACCUCUACCAAGAUAACCACCAGGACCACUACUGAGACCACUACCGGGAUAACCACCAGGACCACUACUGAGACCACUACCAGGAUAACCACCUGGACCACUACUGAGACCACUACUGAGACCACUACCGGGAUAACCACCAGGACCACUACCGAGACCACUACCAGGAUAACCACCAGGACCACUACUGAGACCACUACCGAGAUAACCACCUGGACCACUACUGAGACCUCUACCGGGAUAACCACCUGGACCACUACUGAGACCUCUACCGGGAUAACCACCAGGACCACUACCGAGACCACUACCAGGAUAACCACCAGGAACACUACUGAGACCACUACCGAGAUAACCAAAGGGAUCACUACUGAGACCUCUACCGGGAUAACCAACGGGACCACUACUGAGACCUCUACCGGGACCACUACUGAGACCUCUACCGGGAUAACCACCAGGACCACUACUGAGACCACUACCAGGAUAACCACCAGGACCACUACUGAGACCACUACCGAGAUGACCACCACUGAGACCACUACCGGGAUAACCAACGGACCACUACUGAGACCACUACUGAGAUAACCAACGGACCACUACUGAGACCACUACUGAGACCACUACCGAGAUAACCAACGGGACCACUACUGAGACCUCUACCGGGAUAAUCAACGGGACCACUACUGAGACCUCUACCGGGAUAACCACCAGGACCACUACUGAGACCUCUACCGGGAUAACCAACGGGACCACUACUGAGACCACUACCAAGAUAACCAACGGGACCACUACUGAGACCUCUACCGGGAUAACCAACAGGACCACUACUGAGACCUCUACCGGGAUAACCACCAGGACCACUACUGAGACCACUACCGAGAUAACCAACGGGACCACUACUGAGACCUCUACCGAGAUAACCAACAGGACCACUACUGAGACCUCUACCGGGAUAACCACCAGGACCACUACUGAGACCACUACCGAGAUAACCACCAGGACCACUACUGAGACCUCUACCGGGAUAACCAACGGGACCACUACUGAGACCACUACCAAGAUAACCAACGGGACCACUACUGAGACCACCACCGGGACCACUACCGAGACCACCUGGAACACACACACGGAGGUCAUUUGGCAAUUGGUGAGUAACUAGCUUAGUCCCAAAUGGCACCCUAUUCCAUAUUUAGUGUAGCUAUUACUUUUGACCAGGACCCAAAGAAGUGCACUAAAUAAGGAAUAGGGUGCCAUCUGGGGUGCAGACUAUACAGGCAGCACCCAGUGGCAGCACCCAGUGGCAACACCCAGUGGCAACACCCAGUGGCAGCACCCAGUGGCAGCACCCAGUGGCAACACCCAGUGGCAGCACCCAGUGGCAACACCCAGUGGCAACACCCAGUGGCAGCACCCAGUGGCAGCACCCAGUGGCAGCACCCAGUGGCAACACCCAGUGGCAACACCCAGUGGCAGCACCCAGUGGCAGCACCCAGUGGCAGCACCCAGUGGCAACACCCAGUGGCAGCCAGACAGUGGCAGCACCCAGUGGCAGCACCCAGUGGCAACACCCAGUGGCAGCCAGACAGUGGCAGCCAGACAGUGGCAGCACCCAGUG